AUGGCCUCAUCCAAAAAAUUCAAGUGGCAAAAGAUUUUGUACAAGAGACAACCAUUCCCUGACAACUACUCCGGAGGAGAUGAGCAGUUUUUAAGCGAGUUGAAAAAGAAUUUGUCUGCCGUCAAGUAUACCUAUUGGGAAGCUGUAUUUGGAGUGGCUCGAUUAGUAUUCCAUUUGAACUUGAUUGUUCUGCUGUACAUCAUGUUUGAAUAUGUGUUCGCUAAUGUGCUUACGGCGGAUGUCCUUGCUGCUGCAUUAAUUUCGAUGAGUGUUGUACUCUACGUCGUAUAUGCUUUCGUGAUGACAAAUGCUAGUGUAGAUUUCUUGGACCAUCUAUAUACCGUAGUGGUUUUAUUGAUUUUUGGAUAUGCGACUACACCAGCUAUAAGGUAAGA